CCCCUCAUCUCUAUUCCUCUCCCCAGAGCGCUUUAGAAAAUGGCGUCCGACCUUCGCGCUGCUUGCGAUGCAUGCCGGGACUUGUAGUCUUUUCCAUGCCUCGGAGACUAUUGGCGUCAGGGUCUUGGUCGCGAAAGGACUAUGUUUCCCAUAACCCCGCGGGCGAGGAGAGGGACAGACGGGAGCGAAUUGGACGGGAAGGGGGGCGGUUCCGCUUCUCCUCCUCCUUUCCCCCUCCUCCCCUUCACCCUUCGCCUGCGCCGCGGCUGCUGCUGCUGCGUCGGGUGAGGGAGCGCGAGAGAGAGAGAGAGCGAGAGAGUGGCGCAGGCAGAGAGAGCGGCCUCCCUGAGCAGCGCGAGGGAGGCGGGCAUUAGAGGCACCAUUGGUGCUAGCCUGUGAGCGCCAUGUACAAUGGGAUAGGACUCCCCACUCCCCGGGGCAGCGGCACCAACGGUUACGUGCAGCGCAACCUCUCGGCCGUGCGCCACAAGAAAGAUCGCACUGACUACAAGUCAGAAGAGGAGUUGAGGAAGCUGGAGUCAUCCCUGGUUAAAAAACCCAACCAGGACAUCCUGGACCACGAGCGCAAGCGGAAGGUUGAGCUGAAAUGCUUAGAGUUGGCUGAACUCAUGGAAGAGCAGGGGUAUGGAGAAGGGGAGAUCCAGGAAAAGGUAGCCACUUUUCGGAUGAUGCUUUUGGAGAAGGAUGUAGCAGUGGUCAAGGAGGGGGAACAGCAGCAGAAGCCGACUGUCACAGAGACCCAUCAGCUGGCUGAGGCCAAUGAAAAGAAGAACGAGAGGCUCAGAGCUGCCUUUGGAAUUAGUGACAACUAUGUGGAUGGCAGCUCCUUUGACCCCAACCGCAGGGCUAAGGAGGCAGCGGCAGCUGCAGCUGCAGCAGCAGCUAAGCAACAGCAGGAACAGCAAAAGCAGUACAGUCUUGUUAAAGAGUCUAGCAGCUCCCGCUCACCGUCCCCAAAACAGAAGAAGAAGAAAAAGAAGAAAGACAGAGGCAGAUCUGAGAGCAGAUCACCUUCUCGGAGGGAGAGGAAGAAAAGUUCAAAGAAAAAGAAACACAGGUCAGAGUCAAAGAAAAGAAAGCACAGGUCCCCAAGUCCCAAGAGCAAACACAAGUCUAAGGAAAAGAAACGCAGGAGGUCCACUAGUGAGUCCGCAUCUCAGAAAGGCCGACGGGAUCGUUCCUCAUCCCCAGAUGAUUCUUCCUCUUCAGAUGCUUCCUGUAGCAGGUCAGGUAGCACCAUAGCCCAGAAGCGGGCCCCCUUAAGGCGACAGAGCAAGUCUCCCUCAGCACCUUCACGUAAACAAGGGGAAACUGAGGCAAUUUCCAAGAAUCUGCCAGAGAGAACACGCUCAUCUUCUCCUGAGCCUGUCCGGCGGGGCAGGAGCCCAAGCCCUCGAGAAAGCAGAGAAAAGCGGGAGAAAACUAUGUCCAAGCAUUCUCCAGUACGUGAGACCCGCCAGCGCUCUGGCAGCCCUUCUUUAUCUCCUGCCAGAGAGAAGGAAAGAGAGAAGGAGAGGAAGUCUGCUCGGCAUGGGGAUCGGAAAUCCUCUCCAUCAUUUGAGCGGGAUUCAAGGUUCAAGCAUCGCUCUCCAAUGCCAAGUGAUCCUUCUCGGGAAAGAGUCUCGGGGCAGAAGCAUCCCUCCUCGAAGGAGAGUGUCUCCCCACCCCCUAAGAAGCAGACAGAGGAUCAUAAUGGGACUCUACUAUCCAAGGCUAAAUCAUCGACUGACAAGAAGGAGAAUCUGGCAGCUGCCUCAUCUCCUACUUCUAAAGCCAGUGAGAUAAAGUUGAGGAAGGGCUCACCCGAUGGCUCUCCACCUCAGCGCUCUUGUUCUCCUUCAGAGAGUGGUAGCUGCUCCUCUUCUUCUUCCUCCUCCUCUCCUUCCCCAGCAACCAAGCCAGCCCCAGUUUCCCGUAGCUCUUCUCCAGAGGAGCCUCCUAAAAGGCAAGGCAAAGAGAAGACCUCCGCACAGAGAGAGAGGUCUAGCUCAUCCCCUGAAGUCUCCCGCUCUGGGCAAAAGCAGGCUGCCAAGGUCACAUCUCGUCGUGAAUUAUCGGGCACCCCUCCAGCCAGGGGCAACAAGUCAAGGACCAGUCGGAGGGAUAGAUCUCUCUCCCAAACACCCAUUGCUCGAAGAGGUAGAUCUCGGUCACGCACCCCAGCUAAGAGAGGCAGAUCACGCACACCUCCAAGGAGGGGAAGGUCUCGCUCGGCUCAGAGACGUGCUCGAUCCCGUUCACGUACUCCUCCGAGAAGGAUCCGUUCUCGCAGCCCUCAGUGGCGGGGCCGGUCAAGAACACCCCAGCGGUGGGGCAGGUCACGCUCACGAAGUCCUCCUAGAUGGGGCCGAUCACGGACACCUCAGAGGCGUGGCUGGUCUCGUUCUAGAACUCCCCAAAGGCAUGGCUGGUCUAGAAGCAGAAAUAGUGGGAGAUGGGGCAGGUCAAGAACCCCACCAAGAAGAGGGAGGUCACGUUCAAGAACCCCACCAAGAAGGGGCCGAUCUCGAUCCAGAACUCCACCCAGACGAGCAAGGUCUCGAUCCAGAACUCCACCCAGAAGAGGGCGAUCUAGAACCAGAACCCCUCCCAGGAGAGGGAGGUCAAGCUCUUCACCAAGGAGAGAGAAGUCGUUAAUUUCAGCAAGGCGAAGUAGGUCUGUGUCAUCUCCGGAUCGGAAGGCCUCCAGAAUUUCUUCAAGAAGAAGCCGAUCUGGUUCCUCCCCCCAAAUGAGAGAGAGGUCCAGAAAACCUUUGCGGCGUAGCCAGUCUGGCUCAUCUCCUGAAUCAAGGAGCAGAUUACGUGUUUCUCCCCGGCGCAGUCGAUCUGGAUCACUUCCAAAGGCAAAGAAGAAAUCACAGUUGUCUCCUAGAAGAAGUCGUUCAGGUUCAUCUCCAAGGUCAAGGAAGAAAAAAUCAAGAACACCAUCACGGCACAGUCGCUCUAGUUCUUCACCCAGGCUGAAAACGAAGUCCAGGUUAUCUCCACGGCAAAGCAGGUCUGGUUCUUCAACACCAAAAAAGAAAUCCAGAUCACCAGAAAGGCGAAGUCAAUCCAGGACACCUCCAGCAGUCAAAAAUAAAUCUAGCAUGUCCUCAAGGAGCAGAUCUGGUUCAUCUCCAAGACAUACAAAGAAGUUUGAGGAUUCUUCAGCAGUUGAAGAGAAAACUAAAAUGUCUUCCAGAAGAAGCCAAUCUAACUCACCUGUAAGACGUAGCAGGUCUGGAUCCUCCAGAAGGCGAAACAGGUCUGAGUCUUCUCCAGAGGUGAAAACCAAGUCAGGGUCCUCUCCAGGGCUGCAGAAGGAAUUAAGAUCAUCUCCAAGACGAGACCGGUCUGGUUCCUCUCAGUCAUCAACAAAAGAAAACUCAAUAUCCCCUCCAAGACGAACAACCUCUCCAGAACCAAAGUCUACACCCCCGUUGCAGCGAAGCCGAUCUGGAAGGUCUUUAGCAGCAAAAGAGAAGCCUAGAUCACCAGUCCGAAGGCAGAGCUUGUCUGGAUCACCUCCAGCUUUGAGGGAGAAAUCUCUUUCUCCUCCAAGACGAACUACAUUUGGAUCAUCUUUGGAACUGAAGAAGGAAUCCACUUCACCACUGGGAAAAUGUACAACCGGCUCUUUGGAGUUGAAGAAAUCCAGAUCACCAGCAAGGCGAAGCAGAUCUGGUUCCUCCCCAUUGGUCAAGGAGCAAUCUAAAUCUCCUUCCAGGAGCAAGUUGAAGUACUCUCCUGAGACAAAGAAAGUCACAUCACCGUUGAUUCAGGUCAGACCUGGGCUCUCCCCUCCAGCAGUGAGAGAGAAGUCUAGAUCACCUAUGAGGAGAAGUGGGUCCAGAUCAUCUCCUGAACUAAAUGGCAAAUCCAGAUCUCCCCCAAAACAAAAUAAGUCCCAAGAAAUAAAGUCAAAAUCUGGGUCACCUGCAAGGCACAACAAAUCAUUGGCAGUAAUGGAGGGAGCUGCAUCACCAUUCCAGAAAAGUAAAUUAGAUUCAUCUCCCCCUGGGAAAGAGAAAUUGAAGUCUCCACCAAGUCAAGGCCAGCCUGGGUCAUCAGUACUCACAGAGUCAAAGAUUCCAUCAAGGCGAAGUAGAUCUGGAUCUUCCUCUUCUUCCUCCUCCUCUUCUUCCUCCUCCUCCUCUUCCUCCUCUUCCUCCUCCUCUUCAUCAACAUCUUCUCCAGAAGACAAUAAAUCUCGAUCACCUCCACGACUGAGUCGCUCUGCAACACUUUCAGUCAACAAGAGCAAAUCUGUAUCAUCGCCAGCACACAGCAGGUCAGAUUCAUCUCCAGAACCAGACAACAGCACACUUCCAGCUGUUGCAAAGCACAACAGACCUGGAGCUUCUCCAGAAGCAAGUGAGACUUUGAAGGUUUAUCCUGUAGAGAAGAAAGAGGCACUCAGAGAUGCACCUUGGAGGAGCAGGUCAGGGUCGUAUUCAGAGGUUAAAGAGAAGCCAAGAAUACACAACAGUGAGAGCAGUUCAGAGUCUUCACCAGAACGAAAAGAAAAAUCUGUAAGCAGAUCUCCGUCACCUCCCAGACCGUCAGUAAAAUCAAGGACACCUGUAAGACGCAGGACAUCAAGGUCUCCACCCAGACCUAGAGCAAAAUCCAGAACUCCACCAAAGCGUGGUAGGUCUGGGUCACCACCAAGGCCCAGAGUGAAGUCCAGGACACCCCCCAGACGACGUAGGUCUGGAUCAUCUCCAAGACCACGAAUGAAGUCCAGAACCCCACCAAGGCGACGCAGGUCUGGUUCAUCCCCAAGACCACGAAUGAAGUCCAGAACCCCACCUCGCCGCCGUCGCAGAUCUGGAUCCUCCCCAAGACCCAGAAUAAAAUCUAGAACCCCACCACGACGUCGAAGGUCUGGUUCAUCUCCACGAGCCAGAGAGAAGUCUAGAACACCAAUUACAAGAAGACGGAGAUCUAUGUCACCAUUGAGCCCGAGACGGAAAUCUAGAACACCUCUGAGACAGAGGUCUAGAUCGCGCUCAAGGCAGAGGUCGAACACCAGCAUGCAUCCACGUAGAUCUGAAUCGUCAUCUCACUGUGACAACCGACCUCGAACCUCCUUGCGACGGGGAAGAUCUGGCUCUCUGUCAUGGAGGAGUCGCUCCCGUUCGCUCUCCAGGCGGCGAGACAAGUCUCGGGGCUCAUUACGGCGGGAAAGGUCCAUCUCAUCCCCAGGCCGAAGCUGCUCAAGAUCCCCUUCCCGUCAAGACAAAUCUCGCUUCACAUGGAAGGGUGAGCGCUCAGUCGCCUCACCUCGCAGAGGCCAUUCCCGAUCACCAGCACGGAGAGAGAUGUCUAGGCUGUCACCACAACGGAGUGCUACCAGCCGGAAUGCAUCCCGUUCACCUCCCAGAUUAGAUGCCCCACGAAUAACAGCAAGCUACAAAAGCACUGGGUCCAGAGUGUCUCCUGAUUUUCGGUCGUCUCCUGUGAGGAAGCAUUCCAGAUCAGGCUCCCGAGAAAUCUGCACCUCUCCAGGAAGGAAAUCCCGCUCUCCUCCUGUGCUGGAGAAAUACCCUAAGUCUGACACCCAGGAGAAGUCAUCAGCACCCUCGCUAUGGCACAGCAAAAGCAACACUGCCAUCCCUCGCACUCCAACUCCACCAUGUGAGGACUCUCCCAUAGCUCGAAAGGCCUUGUCUCCUGCUCCAUCUGCCGUGUCAAAGAAUGGCGGUUCCACGACUGUCCGAGACAGCCCUGGAGAUAGGAGUCAGGUCUUUCAUCCUUCCACAAUUAGGGAUGAAACAGCUGCUGGUGCUCCUUUGUCAGGGAGAAGCAGUUCCCAUGCAGACUCCCCUUCUCCUGUUAAAGCUCGGUCAUCGUCGUCCUCCUCUGAGUCCUCCAGCCCCUUGCCAGCCCUGGUUUCUGUGCUAGCCCCAGCCCCCAAAGAAGAGGAGUUUGUAUCUGAAGGAAAAGUAGCAGAGAGGCCUGCAGGGCGCCUCCCCACCCUGGAGGCUGAGCCACAGCUGGCUUCUGUUGCCAUGGAGGAGAACACCAGGAGCAGCUGUUCUACUGCCCCACAACUGGCUGUCCCCUCUCCACCACCCUCUGCUGCUUCAAAGGUGAAGAGAAGUUCAUCUGCUUCUUCCACCACUUCCUCUUCCUCCUCCUCCUCCUCUUCCUCAUCGUCUUCUGAUUCGGAUUCUGAAUCCAGCUCAUCUGAGUCCAUCCCCCCGGAUCAGCCGGCAAAAGACCUUGAGGCGGAGAUUGUACCAAAACAGCCACCAAGUCCAGUGCUGAAGGAGGCUAACCGUGAUGAGCAGCCUUUGGAAGUGGGCAAACGUAAGCGCCGUUCUCAGAGCUCCAGCAGUUCCAGCAGCAGCUCUUCCUCCUCUUCCUCUUCCUCCUCCUCCACAUCCUCCUCCUCCUCCUCUGCCUCCUCCUCAUCUUCAUCAUCCUCCUCCUCUGCUUCACCCUCGUCGCCUAAGACUGGAUCCCAGGUACCAGCCAAAGUGGUCCCCAAAAAGAAGCCGUCUCCAGAGAAGAGGAAGUCACGCAGUCCCCGGAAGCCUAUUGACUCGCUGCGUGAUUCACGUUCCCUCAGCUACUCCCCUGCAGAACGCCGCCGGGUAUCCCCUCCGGUCCAGCUGCCUUCAGCUCCAAGGGACCGACGCAGGGACAGGUCCAGGGACAGGUCCUCGCAGAGAAACAGACGAAGCAUCAGCAGGUCUCCAGGCCGGAAACGUCGACGCAAUUCCCCCAGCCCUCGAGUCCCCCGCCGCAGAACUUCAAGGUCCCCCUAAGCGUCUUGGAGAAUCUGGAAAGCCCUUGCCCUUGCAACCACAGACUGCACCACCCCAGCCUCCCACAGUGCUGUCCCAGGUGGGAGCCCCCUGCCUCCUGAAGCCCACUGGAAGCCAGUGUGUUUGCGUGGGGGGCCCCUCUUCAUUUGCCAUUGGCUUUUUAUUCUCAUUAGUUUUUUCUUCACUGUCCCUGUCUUUAUUGCCCAUCAUUUGUCGGCAGCUACAUUCCCCUCCCUGGACAUCUCUGCUCAGCACCCACCAGGAUCCGCCGUCUCUGCGCUCCUCUUCUUCCUCUUCCCAACAGUUGGUGAUGUUCAUUUGAUUUUUUUUCUCUCUCUCUCUUGUGAGCGUUUUUUCUGUGCGUUUUACAGCUAAAAUCUUUACUUCUGUGUUUUGAGAGAGGGGUCUCCUUUUUGUUGAUUUAGACAUAAAAGGUUUAAAUAAAAGAAAACACAAAAAGGGU